UUCGUCUUCUCCUCAACUCUUUUAUUCCAAUUUUCACACACACAAACGCACGCAACCAACGCCUUCCCUUAUCUCUGGCCUUCCGCCAUUACUGCUUCUGCUGGAGGAGGACCAGCCGCCUUUCCCCUUCCCCAACAAUUUUUCAGCUUCUCCCAUACCCACCCAUCUCUCCAAAAACCAAUCAAGAUUCCAUUACUAUCCCCUAUUUUUCUUCCUUGUUUUUGCGCAGACGCCGUUGUUGCGCUCACUCAUCUCUUAGCUUCAUGGUGUUCGUCCAUGGAGGAUUGAUUUUUUCUCUGUGUAAUUGAUGAUCGGAAGAUUGAGGAUGAACCACUGCGUUCCUGAUUUUGAAAUGGCUGACGAUUUCUCCCUCCCAACAUUCUCUAGUUUAACCAGGCCGAGAAAAUCGUCUAUGCCGGACGAUGAUGUAGUGGAGCUUCUAUGGCAGAACGGCCAAGUGGUGGCUCACAGCCAGAACCAGAGGUCGGUCCGGAAAUCACCGCCCUCCAAAUUCGAUGUUUCGAUUCCACAAGAUCAAACGGCGGCGGUGGCGACUAGAGAGAUCCGGCCUUCGUCUCAAUUGGAGGAACCUCAUGACCUUUUUAUGCAAGAAGAUGAAAUGGCCUCGUGGCUCAACUAUCCUCUCGUUGAGGAUCAUAAUUUCUGCUCCGACCUCCUCUUCCCCUCCAUGACUGCUUCUCUUUGCGGCAAUUCUCUAACCGAGCCCCGGCCAUCCGCUACGGCGACGGUCACUCUCACGCAGGGGCCACCAACUCGACUGGAAAAGCAGAGCUCCGUACAGUUCUCGAGGAACAGAGCGACGGGCGAAUCGGAACCGUCGAAUUCAAAGGCUAUGGUGCGGGAAGCCACUGUGGUGGAUUCUUGCGACACGCCGUCUGUCGGGCCGGAAUCUAGGGCUUCAGUAAUUGCGAGGAGAAAGCUUGUGGAGGCGGUGAAUGGUGCCGAUGUAUGGCGUGAGACGGUUUGUGGUAGUGAUGGAGGCGGAGGUGCGUCGGUCAGCGGCGAUGGCGUCGGGGAGAAAGAGUUGGUGACUUGUGAAAUGACUGUCACUUCAUCCCCUGGCGGCUCGAGUGCCAGUGCCGAGCCUGCUGCCCCAAAACUGGCUGCCGAUGACAGAAAGCGCAAAGGAAGAGCUCCCGAUGAUACCGAAUGCCAAAGCGAGGAUGUUGAGUACGAAUCCACUGAUCCGAAGAAACAAUUGCGGGGCUCGACAUCAAUGAAAAGAUCUCGUGCUGCUGAGGUUCACAACCUCUCAGAGAGGAGACGUCGGGAUCGGAUAAAUGAGAAGAUGAAGGCUUUACAGGAACUCAUCCCUCGAUGCAACAAGACCGAUAAGGCUUCGAUGUUGGAUGAAGCGAUCGAGUACUUAAAGACCCUUCAGUUGCAAGUGCAGAUGAUGUCGAUGGGAUGUGGAAUGAUGCCGAUGAUGUUCCCAGGCAUUCAACAAUACUUGCCACCACCGAUGGGGAUGGGUAUCGGGAUGGGCAUGGGUAUGGGAAUGGAAAUGGGCAUGAAUAGACCAAUGAUGCAAUUUCCUAAUCUCCUGGCUGGCUCUAACUUACCAAUGCAAGCUGGAGCAGCAGCAGCAGCAGCAGCUCAUUUGGGUCAGAGAUUCCCUCUCCCUGCCUUUGCAAUGCCUCCUGUUCCCGGUGGCAAUCCAUCCCAAGCUCAAGCAAUGAAUAAUCAACCGGAUCCGAUCGUUAACCCAGCUGGAACACAAAAUACAACCCCGCCUCCAGUCUCAGGUUUUCCUGAUUCUUAUCAGCAGUUUCUUAGCUCCAACCAGGUGCAGUUUCAUAUCGCACAGGCUGUACAGGUAUCGUUUUUUGACAGUCACCUUCAUUUUGUAUACAAAUUCAGCUUGUUUAUAAAGUUGGUUGGCAUCAAAAUUUCAACCAAAUGCCACUGUCAACCUUGCGAAUCCGAACCGACGAGUUAAUUUUCAACCUUUUACAGAAUCAGCAACCAGUUCCGCCUAAUACAAGCAGGCCAUGUACUGACAGGAAUCCCAAAAAUCUUUAAAAUCAUCAAUCAGGUUAAUAUUGAAUGCUUGGACUCGAGAAACUCGCUUGCUGGGCAAGUUUUGCGCAUAUUAGAGUGUCGAAAGCUUUGAACAUGUGCAUCUGCUGCUUGCAAGUACGAUAUAUAUCGCAAAUAACAUAUUGUGAUAGAAAGAAAGUUGAGUUACAGAUGGUCACUACACGAAACUGUUGUGUUGCAUUUCGUUCGGCUCGGGCCCACGGCGUUGAUGCUGAUAGAUUCAACUUGGUGUGGUAAUCGUCGUCGGGUAGCAUCAAAGUAUUCCAAACUCUCCAACUUCAGAGUAAUUUCCUUGUCUUUCCUGGGCCAUGGUUCCACUGCAUUAUAUAUUCUUCACAAAGUUGUUGCUCAAGAUUCUUUCUCUUCAUCAUAAUAAGAACUUGUUUCAUAGCUAUUCCACUUGCACUUGGAAUAUGAUAUAAAUACUCCAUUACCCAUGGAAAGAUCUCCAGAAUUGUUUUUUUCAAAGUUGUUUGAAAGUGGAAGAACAGCAAAUCCACUGUAAAGAUGAGACGAUCCUAAAUUUUCUUUAGGAGAUGAAAGUGUGAACUAGGGGCAUUUUUGGUAUAGUAAACCUUUUUUUUUUAUCUUGUUUUUGGUAUGGCAUCAUUGAAGGUGACAUUUCUCG